GAUGUUUUAUUCAUGUUUCAUCCCUAUCCUAGUCACGUAGACCAUAGUUGGCCUAUCCUACGCUUACCUAUGUUGUGCAUACCUGUAGAUAUGAAUCUAUGGGUACCAAGAAAGAAACUCAAAAAACGAAAACUAAGCUCGAUCUGGGGUAAAGAUAGCAAAUAAUUAACGAUAAACAUUCGGUAGAAGCUACGAGUUGUUCUCACCUUCGUUGUGCCGAGUGAGAAUGCUACUCGUCAGUAAAAUAUGUUCAGCCAUUCUUCUAGCUGUACUGAGACUGUUGGCUGGUUUACUACCUCUAAAAGUCCACCGAAAACUGGAAAAAUGGAGCAGUAAAGGCGACGGACAAACUGGAAGUCGACGACGGAACCGAGUUGACAUGUUUCUCUCGAUUUUUCUCUGUUUUGGUGCUGGACUCCUGCUGUCGACUUGCUUCGUUCACAUGAUUCCAGAAGUUCGGACAUCGUUCCUUCAGGCUUCAAAGGUGGGUGAUUGGCCCUUGCUGGAGCUGUACCCUUUUGCAGAAGUCGUCAUCUGCAUAGGUUUCUUUGCUGUCUAUCUCCUGGAAGAGUUGGGCGAGAAAAUGAUCAAACACGAUCCACCAGAAGGAAACGCACAUGAAAUGGAAAGGUCGAAAUCUCAAUCGUUACUCGGUUUAGAGAUAAGUAAUCAACGAAGAAACAGUCACCACCACAGUCACGGAGAUCACGCUCACGGCCCGGUAUUGUCUGCUAACGAACAGAAAUCGGUCACUGCGGCAAUCCGGGGAUUUCUGUUGGUAGCAGCCUUGUCAUUUCAUUCAAUUUUCGAAGGAAUGGCCAUCGGCUUACAGCCCACACUCAGCGAUGUCUGGUUUCUCUUCACAGCAGUCAUCGUUCAUGAAUUAGCCAUCAUGUUUUGUAUUGGGAUGGAAAUGCUGGCUUCUAAACUCCGUGUGCUACUCUACGUUAUCUACAUGGUAGAACUUGGAUUAAUUACCUCGGUCGGCGUGGGCGUUGGUAUCCUAGUCACUGAAUACGUCCAAAACCCAUCCGCUACCCACUUGCUAGUCAUUGCCAUUCUACAAGGCGUCGCGGCAGGGACGCUCCUUUAUGUCACGUUUCUCGAGGUAUUGGAGCGUGAACGCAAUAAACCCGGAAAUGGUUUGGUUAAACUAGCAGCCAUCGCUACCGGAUUUUCCCUCCUCACUCUCAUGGAAACCUUCACUGGACAGCAUGAUCCUGUUACUACUAACACUAUGGCCAUACCUGUAAAUAGCUCAAUCGCUGUAGAGGAAAUGGCACAGGAUCUGCCACUUGUUCUGAACGCCACCAUGUCGUAGCCAUGUUUGCGUUGAUUCUACGUGGAGUGGCCGGAGUCUUACGAAUGGACUUGAACUAAAUGAAACAAAAACUUCCUAUAUCGUAGCUUAGUCAUCCUACCUUACGACACUAUCCGUUUCUGUGGGUUACAAUGAGAGAAUGUUGUUCCCUGCUGUUUUAUAUGCUUUAUCCUUGAAGUCCUUGGAUUCUGCUGGAGUACCAAAGACUAAAAAAUAUGUGAAGGAUGUACCAUCAUUGUUUACCCACAAUAAAUCCUUUU